CUGUGGGCUCAGCACUUAGCGAGCUUCCUGCCCUCCCCGCUCGGGCAGGGUGCAGCGCCACGCCGCCCGCCCAGCGCUCAAACCUCCUCUGCUCCCUCGCGCUCACCCGCACAGCAUGUGGCCGGAGGAACCCCGCGGGCUCCCCCCGCGCCCCUGGGUGCCCGCGGGGCGCCCCGUGUGCCGUGCCCACCUCGCCGAGCCGGCGGCCGAAGCCGCAGCCCCGCGGCAGCGGCCGUACAGCCUGGAGGAGUUCGCCCGCCGCUGCACGCUGCAUGGCAUCCGGCACGUCCUGCAGCACCAGCGCUACACCGCCCGCAACCUGCUCUGGCUGCUGGCCUUCCUGGGCUCGCUUGGCCUCCUCGUGCACGCCUACACCAAGUGCGUGGGCUUGUACUUCCAGUACCCCCACAGCACCCAGCUGGAGGAGGAGACGACGCGCAACAAGACCUUCCCCGCCGUCACCUUCUGCAACCUCAACCCUGCCCGCUUCUCGCAGCUCUCCGGCCACGACCUGUACUGGGCCGGGGAGCUGCUGGGGCUCCUGGACGGGGCCGGCCGGCCCCUGGCCCCCGAGGGCACGGAGCGGAGCACGCUGGUGGCCCUGCAGGGGAAGCUGGACUUGGGCGAGGAGGAGAAGAGCCGCCCCUUCGACCUGGAGGAGUUUUACGGGCGCGUGGGCCACCAGCUGGAGCUGGGCGAGAUGCUGGUGUGCUGCACCUUUGGGGGCGAGGAGUGCACCAGCAGCGACUUCCAGACCGGGAUGCGGAACCUGCCGAAAUAG